AUGGUCACAUUAGAGGAGUCGUCGAAACCAGCUCGAUAUGCAUGCUUGAGCCACUGCUGGGGCAGUGGAGAGAAUCUCCUCAAAACAACACAAGAAAAUAGGCGCAUACAUAUGGACCUCGGAAUCCUAAUCGAGAAUCUCCCAAAGACGUACCAGGAUGCUGUGACUGUCUGUAAAGAGCUUGGAAUUCAUUAUUUGUGGAUCGACAGUCUAUGCAUCAUCCAGAAUAGCGAACAGGAUUGGAAACAACAAGCUUCGCGUAUGGCAGAUGUAUAUCAGAAUGGCUACGUGACCAUUGCAGCCGCCGCCGCCCGAAAUUCGGAAGAAGGGCUGUUCAAUGACAUCUCUAAUCGGCGAAUUGGCUAUCCUCUACCUGAGUACCCCUGGGUCCAUGUCCGAAGAAAAGCUCGUCGCCCUGAUCCAACGGAGGAAUUUAUGGAUAUGCGAUCAGAUGAUGGAUUCCCAUUGUACAAGCGAGGUUGGGUGUUCCAGGAACUGACCUUAUCUCCACGUGUCAUACAUUAUGGCCGCGAGGAAUUGAUUUGGCACUGUCGAACGAGUUCAAGACACGAGGGUGAUCCAGAUGGUCACUUUCUCUUGCCAAGUCUUGUGAGAGAAGACUUGAGAAGUAACAUGGAACUUCCAGUACAAGAUGCGUGGUGCAGAAUUGUGAGAUCCUUUUCGUGGCGAAACAUUACGUUUGAGAAGGAUAGGCUUCCUGCCAUUGCAGCUUUUGCAAGUCGAAUACAAGCACAAGACUUCUGUGCAUAG